AUGAUGAAGCUUCCAAUUGUGAUCCUUCUCUCUGUCUAGUGGUGUAUUCAAAGAGGCAGAGGUGGUCUUGCCUAAUUUGGUUCACAUAUGGCUAGUAAUCAUCAUCCUCAUCAUCAUCAGCAGCAGCAGAGUAGCAUAUUGCCUUCAGAUUCUCUGAGGAGGCAGAAGAUGACUGGGGAAGAAAAGAGAGAAGCACUUGAAAGAGAGGUUGCUGUGCUGCAGCAAAUGUUGCAGCAAGAAGAGAAGACACAUGACUUUCUGGAGAAGGUUCAUGAUCAUCACAGCAACAACAACCACAUCAAUGGUGAUCAUAAUGCUUCUAAUGGCAGUAUCCCCAUCCCCAGCUUCCUCAACCCUAAGGCAAAGGAAUUGGUAUCAGAGCUGGUUGCAGUGGAGAACGAGAUAGGUCGACUAGAAGGCGAAAUAAGCAGGCUCCAACUCAACCUGAAGCAGGAACAACAAAUCACAAAGGAGUCCACAAAACCAUCAUCAAGACAAUGGCAGCAACCUCACCAUCAGCAGCACCACCACCACCAUCUCCCACCUCCAACUCCAAUUCAUCAUUUCCCUCCACACAAAACCUACAACAACAGCAACAGCAACUAUAACACUCAAGACAAACUGGCAUUUGACACCAAGGCACUUCACUUCAUCAGCAAGGCAAUCAAAGGCGACUACGCUCUCGACCACCACGACUUCCCUCUCGCUGACAAAGCGAGGGACACCACCCCUAACCGUCACCAACGAUUUCGAGAAGCUCUCCUUCCCGAUAGAAACGAUCAUCAACAACAUCAGGCCAAUACUCACAGGGCUGCUCCUAAGAAGAGUGGGAUGUUGUUCAACAUGAAGUCACCUUCCCCUAUGCGCGAUUUCAGGAACCCGUCCCCAUGGCCUAGAGACCGAAAUGUGGAGAACCAAACAACCAAAGAGGCCACCACACCCUUGCCAAAGGCACUGUCCAACUCGAUCUUGGGCGAAGACAAUGCUACUGGCAAUGUCCAGCAUUUGCAGCCUAACAAGCUGUCCGAGAACAUCAUGAAGUGUCUCAACUUCAUUUACGUCCGUCUGCUGAGGACAUCGAGGGCGAUGGAGCUCGAGAAAUCAGGACCGAUCUCGAGGUCGUUGAAUUCGUCCUUGGUAUCGAGGAGCUUCAGGGCAGAUACAGGGCUGCUGAACUCCAAAUCGUCGAGCCUUUCCAUGUACAAGGAGUCCAAACAGCAGGACCCUUAUGGAAUUUUCGACGUGGAAGACUCGAUUCCCAGGGACAUUGGUCCUUACAAGAACUUGGUCGUCUUCACUUCGAGUUCCAUGGACACCAAGUGCAUUUCCACCUCCAGCUCCAUGCCUCUGAUCAAGAAGUUAAGGGUACUGAUGAACAACCUACAGAAUGUGGACUUGAGGUUUCUGACCCAGCAACAGAAGCUUGCAUUCUGGAUCAACAUGUACAAUGCUUGUAUCAUGCAUGGAUUUCUUCAAUUUGGAGUGCCUCAUAGUCCAGAGAAAUUGUUGUCAUUGAUGAACCGGGCAACGGUAAACAUUGGUGGCAACACAAUCAAUGCUCAGGCGAUAGAGCAUUACAUUCUCAGAAAACCAGCCACAUCUUCCAACAACAAGGUAAAACAGUCCUCCAACAAGGACGAAAGCAAGGAAUCCGCCGUCCGGAAACUGUACGGCCUGGAAACGACGGACCCAAACGUCACGUUCGCCCUCUGCUGCGGCACCCGAUCGUCCCCUGCGGUGAAGGUGUACACGGCGGAGGGAGUGACGGCGGAGCUGGAGAGGGCGAAGCUGGAGUACCUGCAGGCUUCCAUGGUGGUGAGCGGCACGAAGAGGAUAUCGAUCCCGGAGCUUCUGGUGCGGAACCUGGCCGACUUCGCCAUGGAUACGGACACGCUGGUGGAGUGGGUGUGCCACCAGCUCCCGACUUCCGGGUCGCUGAGGAAGUCGAUCGUCGACUGCUUUCGCGGCCAGAACAGCGGGAAGCUCCCCGCGGUCGCCGUCGACAAGAUACCUUACGAUUCGCAGUUCCAGUAUCUCCUGGCCGUAUGACAGCUUUUUGCGAUAUCAUCACGUUCAGUUUGAGGAAUCCGGAAGAAGGGAGAAAAGGUUCGUCCUGGAUAUAAUUUUUACGGGAUGAUUUUGUUUUGCUUGUUUACUUUGCGAGUCAAGAUUUGGUUGUAAGAUUGGCCCCGAUUUGAUUGAACGGUGGUUGUGUCGGAAUUUGAACUGAGAGAUCAUGAUCUCAAGACCAGUAAUGUCGAACCCUUCCUGCUCUUUUUUGCUCACCCUGUUGAAACAUCCAUUGUGUGUACAGGACAUUUUAAUAAUAUCCGGUUUUGGGGAUUUGUAUGUAAAAUACUAAUAAAUUCAGAAUCAUCA